CACUUGGAUAUCCAUUUACGUACGUAUAGACGGUGGACGGGAGCUGAAGCAGUCUAUAUCAUUGUAAAGCUGGCCACCUUGUCGAGCAGCAGGGCGUAUACCUUGAAUAUACGCACAUUGGGCUCCAUUUUCGAGACUCGCUGACCAGUCCCAACGCCGUUCACAAGACAAACCAGCAACAAUGUCUGACGAUUCAUCAGCUACUGACCUCGUUGGCCUGUUUUCGGCCACAGGGAUCCAGCUGGCUGUGUCGGCAGGUCUUAUGGUCGGGUUCUCUAUCCUACGGCCGAAAAACCGGGUCGUGUACGAACCUCGAACGAAAUUCGCGCCCGAACCGAAACGACCCCAGGCGUUGGAUUGGCGUCCAACGGCUUGGGUGAAGCCAGUGCUAUUCUCUAAGGAUAACGACCUAAUACCGAAAGUUGGCUUGGACGCCGUUAUCUUCCUGCGGUUCAUAUGGCUUUCGGCCUUCCUGUUCCUGGUGCUCACUUGUGUCGCGAUACCACUCUGCAUAUUUCACUAUUUCAUGGGGAAGUCCCAAUUCGACGAGCCGCGAGAUCCUGGAGCUUUCCCUAACCCGGCUCUGGAAUCCCUGUCAAUGUCGGCACUGAAAAAGAAACCUCACUUUUUGUGGGUGCAUGUUUUCUUACUAUACGUGUUCAGCAUCUCCGCAUACUACUUCCUGUGGAAAUUCUGGAAGGAGUGGAUUGCCUACCGCCGAGACUACUUCGCUGCAAAGGACACACGGGAAGCGCUGCAUCAGCGCACUCUGCUGAUCACGAACCUGUCCAGCGGAAUGCAGUCACCGAAAACAUUGACCGGCUUCCUCAAAACAUUGAGGCUACGAGCGGCGCCACAGCAGGUGAUCAUUGGUCGGGAGGUGGGGAAAUUGCCGUCGAACUUCAAAAAGCACAAGCGAGAAACGGCAGUCUUGGAGGGAGCUCUAUGUGAAUAUCUCAAAAACCCUUACCAGCCAAAGUCGCGGCGGCCAACCCACAACAUCAACAAGAAGAUAAAGUGUUGUGGCGGAGAACAAGUCGAUACGAUCGAAUACUGUGGAAAGCGUCUCCAUGAAUUGGAAGAAGAGAUAUACGCGGUUAGGGCCAAAAGCGAAGAAUCGCUGAAAACCAGCUCGUACGGAUUCGCGUCAUUCGAGUCAAUGACCGAAGCUCAUAGAGCGGCCAAAGAUCUAUCGGGGCCAGGUGCCAUCACUCUCCGCUCUAACAUGUUGAAUCCGCCUGCUGUAAAGCAAUGUCCCGAUCCCGGCGACAUUAUUUGGGCCAGUUUGGAGCUCUCGCCCGCAGUCAGGCGAUCGCGUUUCUGGACUUCUUUCCUCCUGGUGACGGGACUGACGAUCUCGUGGUUCUUCAUCAGCAGUUUCGUCUCCGGAAUGACGAACUUGAAAAUUAUUCGGAACUACGUGCCGAAAUUGGAGGCAUACAUCUCCGCCCGACGGGACUUGACGAUUUUCCUGCAGUCGUUUUUCGCGCCCGUCCUCUUUUACUUCCUCAACACGCUUCCGCCUACGAUAUUUGGGUAUCUGGCCAAGUUGAAAGGUGUCGUGUCCAAAACUGGGGUGGAGAAGAACAUCAUGACUAGGCAGUUUGCUUUCUUGGGAUACCAGUACAUCGUCAUUAUUGUUGGGUCAUUCUUCAUUUCAAUCAUGGGAGAGUACUUCCGGAAUGACGACACAACACUGCAGCAGUUCUCCAAAAGGCUUCUAAACGCUCUGAGUACUGCUUUCAUGAAGCAAUCAUCAUUCUUCACGACUGUCAUCGCCACUGGUUUCACCUCCUCCUCCAUCGAGCUUGUCCAGGGCAUUCCUCUUGUGGUGGGCUACAUCAAGCGCCACUUCCUCGCCAACACCCCUCGCAAAGAAUUCGAGUACAGCCAGCCCCUUCACAUGCCUUGGGGAGCCGUCUACGCCGACCUGCUCACGACAUUCGUCAUUGCGAUGGCGUACGCCCUCGCCACCCCACUCAUCCUCCCCUUCGCAGCCUUCUCGUUCCUUGUCAACUACAUGGUCUACAAGUACCAGUUGCUCUACGUCUACGAGACGAGCAGCGAGACCGGAGGCUCUUGGUGGCCAAAGUUGUUUACAAUCCUGUGUAUCUGCAUCGCCGUCUUCCAGUUUAUGACUCUGGGCGCUAUCCUGGUGGUCACCAGCGCCACGUCGGGUUCCAUGGCGAAACACCAGGCGAUCGUUAUUGGAGUUAUUCUUUGUUUCACGGCGGUCUACUGGUGGUACUGCUCGAGGUACAUUGCGCCAAAGGGACAGUUCGCCACGGAUUUGAUCACGGAUGUGGACGAGAAGAACAAUAAUGCGGAUCGCGCUCUGGAAGAGGACCAUUCUGCGAGCAGCGAGCGUUUGGAAGACGAGCUGUACAAUCCUGCCCUUGUCAAACCUUUGUGCAAAGUGUGGGUAUGGAAAGAUGCACGCGAAGUCGUGCCCAAGUACUACACACCACUGUACCACGACCUGGACGACUACAUCUCCAAAUGCACCCCGCCCAAACAACCUAGCAUGUUCGACAUGAGCGCGUACGGCGAGCAAGAACUGGCAUCUUCAAAGCAACACCACCACCCACAACGCGACGACAGCCACGCCGCCGUCCGUCGUAAAAGCACGACCAAGCGAAACGCACAGCGGGUGUUGUCUCACUUGCGGCGAAAACCCAUCAUCACCGCAGGUGAGGCGCCACCGGAAUUGGAAGAGCUGGCGGAGGACGCAGGCGCCGAGCUGCCGUACAUCGCUGUUGAUGAGGAUGGAAAUAUGGACGAGCAUGGAUUGCGUGGGCGCUCGGAUUUGGAGUCGCAUUGGUUGCGCGGUGACGAUCCGCACGGAUAUCAACCGCAGUCGCCGGCCUCGGUGGAUGGGGAUGGGGAUUUGUCCUCUGGGUUGGGUAACCACCCAUCGCCAUCCCGCGGGUUGCAGCAGCAGCAGCAGUCGUACGCUCCUACCAUGCAACCCGGCAGAUCAUACAAUCAGUACGCGCGAAGCCAGACGGCGCCCAACAUCGCUGGCCCCACUGCACCUUCGCCAUUGCUCGCACGGCAAUGGUCGGAUUCGAACAUUGCCCACAACAUGCACGCGGGCGAGUCGGUCGAGUUGAACGUUUUACCAUCAGCAAACCCCGGACCUCCGCCGCGAAGGAUGCCUCAACAACAUCAGCUGUACAGCCAACAACAUCAACAAUAUCCACCACAGCCACCAUUUCGUCAACACCCACAACAUCCGCAUCCCCAGCAGCGAGGGUACGCACCGCAGCCACAGUCGCGGCACGGUGUAAUCUCUGCCGCAUCGUCUUCGUCGACGCUGGGCGGUGAUGAUGGACAGUUUAUAGAUCCGAGGACGUAUCGGUCGACGGAGAAUCUGAGGAGGGAUAGGCAGUGAGGACUUUAGACAAAAAGACUUGGCGCACGUACGAUACUGGACUGUCCAUGUUCAUCUCAAGAUGUAUGCGUGUCUAUGUAGUUUAG